AUGUCACCACUGGUCACGCGAUCCGCCGCGCUGCUCCUCCUAAUCACAUGUAAGCCCUGCCCGAGCCUUCGAGUGGGCACGCCAAUCUCGCGCCCAUUCGUUGGCGUGCGCUCCUCGCCGCAGCUCUCCGAUGCCGGUUGCGUCAACUUGGAGGAGGCCGGAGGCGGCCGCGUGCUUCCGUGCUUUGUGGCGGGAACGGUCGAUGUGGAGGGGACGACAUACGCCGCGCUGUACCCUGCCAACGCGCCCGCGACGCUCGCCACGCAGUCCGAAGGGACACUCGAGCCGCUCGACCCUGCCUUCGAAACGACCUUGCUACCGGCAGCGAAGGCGGCGUGUCGCGCGGUGGGCGCGGAGCUGCACGACACGCCGGUGGUGCUGACGGCGAGCGGCGAGGCCGUCGAGCGCGACUACGAGCUCAUCGAGGACGCGGCGCCGAGCUUCGACGGCAGCGACGACGAGGACAUGGUGGUACUUGCCGACUUUGUGCACGAGGGCAAGACUAUUUUCGUGCUGCGGAUGCUCGACCCCGUCUACGUCGUUGGGCGGUGUGGGCCCGACGGGAGCUAUACCGUGCCGUCGGACGAGGAGAUGGAGAGCGUGGGCGACGUUGUCGAGGAUCUCGUCGGCGAGAUCGAGGACGCACUGGACGCGGAGGAGGAUAUGGCAGAGGAUGCGCCUGACACCCUCGCGCCCUGA